AUGAGUGGAUCGUACGACCGUGCAUUGACCGUUUUCUCGCCUGAUGGCCAUCUCUUCCAAGUAGAAUAUGCUUCCGAGGCUGUUCGAAAAGGCACCUGUGCUGUGGGUGUCCGCGGCAAAGACGUAGUUGUUCUUGGUGUCGAGAAGAAGUCAGUAUUGAAGUUGCAGGACCCCAGAACCAUUCGAAAGAUCUGCAUGCUCGAUGAACAUAUUGCUUUAGCAUUUGCUGGUCUGACGGCUGAUGCUCGUGUUCUUGUUAACAAAGCUCGUAUCGAAUGCCAAAGCCAUCGUUUGACAGUGGAGGAUCCACCAUCAGUCGAAUACAUUACACGCUAUAUUGCUCAGGUGCAGCAGAAAUAUACACAAAGCGGUGGUGUACGUCCAUUUGGUAUCUCGACCUUGGUGGUUGGAUUCGAUCAUAAUGAGCCAAAGCUAUACAUGACCGAACCAUCCGGCAUUUACACUGCUUGGAAAGCCAACUCGAUUGGACGAAGUUCUCAAACUGUUCGUGAAUUCUUGGAAAAGAACUAUAAGGAUGACAUGGAUGACAAGGAAUCAAUCAAGUUGGCUGUGCGAUCUCUCUUGGAGGUUGUUCAAACCGGUGCCAAAAACAUCGAGAUCUCUGUCAUGCUUCCUAAUGGCAAAGUCAAGAGCUUGGAAACAGAAGAGGUGGAAAAGGUUGUAGCUGAAAUUGAAAAGGAAAAGGAAGAAGAAGCUGAAAAAAAGAAGCGGCCAACAGCAAGCAGUUAA